CGGAGCCCGAGCGCGCAGGCGCCGCCGCAGCCCCGCCGCCGUCCCGGAGCCCGCGGGCGCGCCCGAACCCCCCACCGCCAGCGCCGCCGCCGCCUCGCACCAUGGGCCCGCGGCCCCGGCUGCUGGUCCCGCCGCCGCUGCUGCUGCUGCUGCUGCUGUUGCUCGUGGGCGUCGGCGCGCACGGGCCCUCUGCGAGCGCCUCGGGCGUGCGCAAGCGAGGCCCCUCGGUGACGGCCAAGGUCUUCUUUGAUGUGAGGAUUGGAGACAAAGAUGUUGGCAGAAUUGUGAUUGGUCUCUUUGGAAAAGUGGUGCCCAAGACCGUGGAAAAUUUUGUUGCCCUGGCUACGGGAGAGAAAGGGUAUGGAUAUAAAGGAAGCACAUUUCAUCGUGUCAUCAAAGACUUCAUGAUUCAGGGCGGAGAUUUCACCAGCGGGGACGGCACUGGUGGAAUAAGCAUUUAUGGGGAGACGUUCCCUGAUGAGAACUUCAAGCUGAAGCACUACGGCAUCGGGUGGGUGAGCAUGGCCAAUGCGGGUCCUGACACCAACGGCUCCCAGUUCUUCAUCACCUUGACCAAGCCCACCUGGCUGGAUGGCAAACACGUGGUCUUUGGGAAAGUGAUCGAUGGAAUGACUGUAGUCCACUCCAUAGAACUUCAGGCAACUGAUGGGCAUGACCGUCCACUCACCGACUGCACCAUCGUCAACAGUGGCAAGAUCGACGUGAAGACGCCCUUUGUGGUCGAGAUCCCUGAGUGAGGACAGUGGAGCACCAAAUGGCACUCAGGCAGGGGCACGUGCACGGGACGAGCUUUCUGAGUUGCUUUAACUUUCUUCUCUGCUCCAGCUCAGAUCACAGCAAAGUUCUCAGCAUCAACGGCUCAAGGUUUAGUUUUCCUCAUUUCUGGGUAAAUCACUUCAGGUUUAGGGAUGUGGCACAAGACAUUUCCCUUCCCUCCAAUGGUGCUAUUUUUAUAGUGUUUAUAACCUGUCAACUCUCUUUUCUCUGGGGCACACACUCUUUGUUCUCUGUGUGCAGAUUCUCCCUAUAAGCUGAGCGAUGCCCAAGGUUCUGUAAGGAGGGAGACAUGCAGUUUACUAUUGUACUCAACUUCUUUGCCGGCGGAAGGAGACUUGAUUAGGACAUAACCUGGUGUCAAAGGGACCUUGACCUGCUGUCAAAGGGAUCUUGACCUGGUGAUCAAAGGUGCUCUGGUCUUCCUGAUAUUAAAUACUUUUUAUUGAAAUCAACUCCUUUCACAAGACUGCUGUUUCCCUUUUAUGUCUGUUAAAGCUAAAGCACUGCAGUAAUCUCUGCGCUCUACUGUUAGCAGCGGAACAGAUUAGAGAAGAGUGAAUAAGUCAAAAGAGCAUCAUGCCCUGGUAGCUCGGGAAUGAGAAUGGACGGAAAUCACGCCCAUCCCAUCCCAAAUACCUAGAGCAGAGAAAGUUCCACUGAGUCCAUUUCCCACAAAGAGUAAUGUUUCGUUUUCCUCACUUAUACCAUAGGGAUGGAGGCUUAGCCUAAACUCACAUAAGAUGAGUAAAAGGGGGACCUUGUGGUACCCAAAAGAGCUGAGCUCUGGACUUAUAGAUGGAGUUGGAGAUGGUUCCCCUGCUUUUCCAGGACGCUGUGACCCGUGAUCUCCAUAUGAAACACCCUCUGAGCAGUCUCCUGAGGCUUCCUUGGCAGGAGGAGAAAGGCGCACUAGCUGCUGCCCUCACAACUCUCGUGUAGAGGAAAGCGUUCAUUUCCCUCUGACGGAAAUGUGUUUAAGGUCUUAAAAAUGCCCGGUACCAGAUGGCAUGGAGGGCAGCUGUAGGAGCUCCAGCUGUUUGGUGGUGCUGAGGCAAAGGUAAGGAAGGUGCCAGUGCUGUCAAGGGAAGCUCCUCUUCUAUCUACUGGAGAGGCGGGAAGGGCAGGAGUAUGGAGAAGGGAGUGCCCUGUGGAAUGGCACUCAGGCUCUCUAGGCAUGGAGGGGUUAGGAGGCCCACUGGGCCUGUCUGGCCAAGGAAAGAAGUUCAAGGUCCCAAGGUGAGCAUAAAUGGAUCCUGGGGCGGGGAAGAAAUGUGGGAGAGAUAGUACACAAGUGAGGGCGUGUGUACCCAGCAUGCACCUGGCCCUGGUUUUGGUUCUAGCACCCCACGAUGCCUGCAACAUUGCUGGUGCAGCCUUGGAGGCCCCCAGCACUGUGGAGGAGACCCAGGAUAUCCCUAGUACCAGAGUCCGGGCAGCAUCAAACCCUCAGACCUCCACCUGGUUGGCUGAGAACCACUGGUCGGGCUCCUGGUGUACGGAGCACUGCUUGGGAGUCCCCACUCACUCUGCAAAAAGAAAAAAGAAAAGUAGAGUGUUCAGAGAAGCCAGGGAAGGGAGGCUGAGAGGGACCAUCUCAAGUCCCGACGCCAGAGCAAAGGGCUCUGUUCUCAGGCCCACCGGGAGGACUCGCUUCAAGCCGGGGAGAGGCAGGACACGCUCUGCCUUUAAGAAAGAGCACUGUGCUCUGAGAGUUCUUCUAGGGGUGCUAAAGUGCAUAUCAAGCAACUGUGCUGCCUCCUAGUGAGGUACACGAGGGACUAUACCGUGAAGCUUGUUGCUUCCCUCUCACCCCCCAGGGAAAGGUGAAAGCACAUGCCUCUGAGCAGCACGUGGAGGGAGGAAGCCAGGUGGAAAUGGCCAGUGCCUCUGCACGGACCCGCCACUCGUCAUUAACCCUCAUUUUACUCUUAACCAUCACACUCAGUAAGGAGACAAUGUGCUCCUGAGACACGGGUCCAUAAAGCAUGUUCUGUAGCUUGAAUGCACCCCCAGUGGCCCACAUCCCUUGGUCUUGAGUGCUUGGACUUUCCCACCUGGGCCUCUUUAAAAACUGUCCCAGGGCCGAAGAGAUGGCCCAAUGGGUUGAGCAGCUGCUGGUAUGCAGGAGGCUAGGUCACUGUGUAUGACCCCUGAGCACUGCCAGGAGUGACCCCUGAGCACAAAACUGGGACUAUCCCCACCAGGUGUGGCCUCCAACCCAAGUAACAAUAACAAAAUGACUCCCUGGUCACCCCUGAACUCUGCUGUCACCCCUGUGACACGUGUCCAGACAAUACAUGCCUGAGUCUUUCCCUGGCUUGUGUCUGUUUUUCUUAUGCUGAGAGCAGUGAUCCCUGGGCCUGUAACACUCCUGGGACUCCGCUUCACAAAGUGACAUGGAAAUGUCAUGGCUGUCACCGUCCUGGCUCCUCAGGCACCAGUCCCCUUUGCUCUGGGAAUGGCGGCCUACUUCUCUUAGGGACUCAGAACACACCUCGGGGAGUUCUAGAGUUUAGGCUGGGGAUGACCUCCAGAUGGAGGCACCUACCAGGCCCCGCAAUCUCGUUCAUUAACUCACCUAAUGGCUAGUGCUGGGCAGAGGUGGAAACACAGUCAACCUACAGAAGAGAUGCCACAUAAAUAAGUAUUAGGAUAUUGGGUGGUUAUAGGUCCAUAAGAAAAUGGUAGAGGGGCUAGAGCAAUAGUAUAGCAGGUAGGGCGUUUGCCUUGCAUGUGGCCGACCUGGGUUCAAUUCCCAGCAUCCCAUAUGGUCCUUUGAGCACCGCCAGGAAUAAUUCCUGAGUGCAGAACCAGGAGUAACCCCUGUGCAUCACUGGGUGUGACCCAAGAAGCAGAAAAAAAAAGAUAAGAGUGAAGAAGAAGGUAGAGGAGGUCCUGGCUGGAGACAAGGAGGUGAUAAGCCAUGGAGACACUACGGGAAGAGUAGGGUAGGGUAGCGGGAAGGAGCACAGAGGCCCUGGACAAAGGCAAACUGGUGGGUUCAAGAGGCAGAAAGAAAAAAUGAAAACCAAAAAUCCAUGAACAGAGGAAGCAGGUGGGAGAGGGGGGCAGGACUGUCCUGUCUGCCAGUCAGGACGGUCUCACUUCCGACCCAGAUCCUGACCCCGGGCAUAUUACGAGACCCGACUAGGGUCCUCGUGCUGAAGAAACUGGCAAACAUCAAUUGUCUUCCUUCUGGGAGGAGUAAAGGAACAGACCAAAGAAGAAAAUCAGUGCAGCAAGCAGUCGGGCCAGGUGAUAGAUUCUGGCAGACACCAUGGACCCCUGGGUGCAGCCAGGCCUGAUCUCCAUCUCAAGAUUUUUAGCUGGAAAAUAAAAUACAUCUCUUUUCACUUAGGCUGGAAAU